GGGCCGCGGGCUGGGCACUGACGACCAUGGCGCGUCCCAACCUCCCGCUGUCGAUGGGCCUGGCCCUGCUGGCGCUCUGCCUCCUGGCGCUGUCCUGCGACGCCCGGACCCGGCCGCAGGGGCACUUGGUCGGAGAACGCCAGGACCUGUCGAUUAGCGACCCGCAGGUGCAGAAGGCGGCGCAGGCGGCUGUGGCCAGCUACAACAUGGGCAGCAACAGCCUCUACUACUUUCGCGACACGCACAUCAUUAAGGCGGAGCGGCAGCUGGUGGCUGGCAUCAAGUACUACCUGACGGUAGACAUGGAGAGCACAGCCUGCCGGAAGAACAAGGUUGCUGGAGACCACAUCGACCUCACCACCUGCCCCCUGGCCGCUGGAACGCAGCAGGAGAAGCUGCGCUGUGACUUUGAGAUCCUCCUGGUUCCCUGGCAGAACUCCUCUCAGCUGCUAAAGCACAACUGCGUGCAGAUGUAAUUGUCCGCAGCAGGAGUGGGGCAGGGGCGGCCUCGGUGGAGGGCAUUUCAGGUCCAUGGACAUCUGUCGCAAUAAAUUGCCAGCACUGCUUCUU